AUGAUGGCUACGUCGUCGACAAGCAGAUCACCAGAAUUUUCCGCUCCGGGACUGCGCCAUCGAGAAGUUGAUAAUGAUGCCCUGAGGCCUUCAUCUGAGUUGCCCUCGCGCAAGUCCUCCAACUAUGACCGUCAACAAGCCUUGGAAAAAAGACGUACAAAGUCCCGUUCCCUUGUACGCCGUUGGAAACGCUUCGCCUUGAAACACACUUGGACGUUCCCUCUCAUUUUUCUUACUGUUUUUAUUUUCUUAUAUGUUGUUAAUCCCACGAAAUCCAACAUCGUCCACCAUUUUAUCUUCCUAUCUUAUGAACAGACCCCCCUCGUCGGCUCGAGUUCGGCCGUUGAAACACCAUCAAAAUAUGGCAAGGGACCAUGGGAUAUCGCAUUUGUCAUCUUCUACAUCGUUUUUUUAUCCUUCACUCGGGAAUUUAUCAUGCAAGAACUGCUGCGUCCCGUGGCUAAAUUCUAUGGCAUUGCUUCUCGAAUUAAGCAAGCGCGUUUUAUGGAGCAAAUGUACACAGCCAUCUAUUUCGGAUUCAUGGGACCAGCUGGGCUAUAUGUGAUGCAUAAAACGCCGGUGUGGUACUUCAAUGCAAGCGGGAUGUACGAGUCAUUCCCACAUAGAACGCUCCAGCCGGAAUUGAAGUUUUAUUAUCUAUUUCAGGCAGCAUACUGGGCUCAGCAAGCCAUUGUCAUGUUACUGGGGUUAGAAAAGCCGAGAAAGGAUUACAAAGAGCUUGUGACACACCAUAUUGUCACCUUGGCUCUUAUUGGCCUAAGCUAUCGUUUCCAUUUUACAUAUAUGGGCAUCGCAAUUUACUUGACUCAUGAUAUAAGUGACUUCUUUUUGGCCGCAUCCAAAUCCAUUCAUUACCUUGAUGGCUCCCUAACAGUACCCUUCUAUGUUAUCUCCCUGGGCUCCUGGAUUUAUCUCCGAAACUACCUCAAUUUACGCAUUAUUGUUUCUCUCUUUUUCGAGUUUCAAACUAUCGGUCCAUAUGAACUCAACUGGGAGACACAACAGUAUAAAUGCUGGAUUUCGAAUAUCAUCACGUUUGUGCUACUAGCCUCCUUACAGGCUCUUAACAUAUUUUGGUUGUAUUGUCUUUUGCGAAAUAUUUAUCGAUAUUUCAGAUAUAACAUCAAAAAAGAUGACAGGUCAGAUGAUGAUGCCGAGGGGGGAAUCAUGUCUGCACUCGCCUAUGGAUAUGGAAAGGACAAGGAUGAGGAGAUUGAGCUAUCCCCAGAUGAUGCGAAACUAGAAAUCGAAAUCGACUCGCUAAUCGCUGAGAUGCAGAAACUCCAAAAAGAUAAGGAGGGCAAAAUCGACAUGUUCCUGCAGGAGAUCGCAACUGGCGGCACGAACCGACAACUUGCACAUAGAGGUGUGUACGACGAUAUUAAGGAAAUUGAUGAGUCAAUUUCUUCUAAGAAGGAGAAAUCUUUGGCGAAAUGUGCUGAAGUUUCCAACAAGGAGUAUGCCAAAAAAUACUUGGAGGUUCCAAUACUCGACAACUCGGAAAUACCACAACAAGUUGUGGUAAAGAUGCGUAAGGCCGGCUUAGUUGCAAUUGAUAACACCCUCAUCAAUCCCGGCCUAAUGGGAAAGCCUGAGAUUCCGAUUUGA